ACUAAGCCACCCAGGCGCCCUAUGCCUAUUUUCUUAAAAAGAAUCUUCACUUUAGAAGUCGCCUUAUGUGGGCGCCUGGGUGGCUCAGCGGGUUAACCCUCUGAGUUCCGCUCAGGCCAUGAUCCCAGGAUCUUGGGAACAAGCCCCGCAUCAGGCUCGUUGCUCAGCGGGGAGCCUGCUUCCUCCUCUCUCUCUGCCUGCCUCUCUAGCUACUUGUGAUCUCUGUCUUUCUGUCAAAUAAACAAAAUCUUUAAAAAAAAAAAAAAAGAAGAAGAAGUUAUCUCCAUAUGAAAAAGACGCAGAAGGAAGUACUCUGGCGCAACGGCAAAUUAUUACAAGCAAUCGUUAAAUUCCAUCAUCAACAAAUCAUUGCACUUGAGCGGCUGGACCACCACCCAAACGAAAGCGACAGCUAAAACCAGGAUUUCGUUUGGGUAUUAUUUGGUGAAAGUAUCAUGGAAGUUCUGCGCCCACAGCUUGUAAGAAUUGGCGGACGGAUUUAUAGAAAGAAUCCCAUCCAAGAACAGACCUAUCAACAUGAAGAAGAAGAUGAAGACUUCUAUCAAGGCUUCGUGGAGUGUGCAGAGGAGCCCUGUGAUGCUUAUGAGGUGGUGCAGACCCAGCAAGGUUUCCGGUGUACCGUGAAGGCCCCCAGCUUGCUCUACAAGCAUAUAGUCGGAAAAAGAGGUGAUACUAGGAAGAAACUGGAAGUGGAAACCAAAACUUCUAUUAGCAUUCCUAAGCCUGGACAAGAUGGAGAAAUUGUAAUCACUGGACAGCAUCGAGGUGGUGUAAUUUCAGCUCGAACUCGGAUUGAUGUUCUUUUGCUCACUUUUAGAAGAAAGCAACCCUUUACUCACUUCCUUGCCUUUUUCCUCAAUGAAGUUGAGGUUCAGGAGCGAUUCCUAAAGUUCCAGGAGGAAGUACUGGAGAAGUGCUCCAUGGAUCAUGGGGUUGAUAGCACCAUUUUCCAGAAUCCCAAAAAGCUUCACCUAACCAUUGGGAUGUUGGUGCUUUUGAGUGAGCAAGAGAUCCAGCAGACAUGUGAGAUGCUACAGCAGUGUAAAGAGGACUUCAUUGAUGACAUUUCUGGGGGCAAACCCUUAGAAGUAGAGAUGGCAGGGAUAGAAUACAUGAACGAUGAUCCUGGCAUGGUGGACGUUCUUUAUGCCAAAGUCCAUAUGAAAGAUGGCUCCAACAGGCUGCAAGAAUUAGUCGAUCGAGUGCUGGAACGCUUUCAGGCAUCUGGACUAAUAGUGAAAGAGUGGAAUAGUGUGAAACUCCACGCAACGGUGAUGAACACUCUAUUUAGGAAGGACCCCAAUGCUGAAGGCAGGUACAAUCUCUAUACAGCUGAUGGCAAAUAUAUCUUCAAGGAAAGAGAAUCAUUUGAUGGGCGAAACAUUUUAAAGCUCUUUGAGAACUUCUACUUUGGAACCCUGAAGCUCAAUUCAAUUCACAUCUCUCAGAGGUUCACGGUAGACAGCUUUGGAAACUACGCUUCCUGUGGGCAAAUUGACUUCUCCUGAGGUGGAUCUUGGGAAGUGCUAGAGGUUGAACAUCCUCACCGGGGUCUGCCUUUCUUUCUGAAGCUCUCCUCUGGAAAUGUACAUCUCAAGCCCAUUGGAGCUGAGAUUCACGUUAUUUCUUAAACACCUAUGGAUUUUGCUACAGCCAUUAAAGUCUUUCAUAGUAGUAAUUUACUUUAAAAAGAGAAUUAAAGACUGGUUUUGUUAUUCUCUCCA